AUGUCGUCGACUGAAGAAUCAUCGGCACCUCUAUCACCUGUAUCAAACUCCAAACAUGCCAAUCUCAAUUAUUCACCACCACAAACACUAAAGUUACCCAGUUUCGACAUUCAUUAUAUUGGAAUUAUAACAUCUACGGAUAUUUUGGAAUUUUAUUAUGAUGUUCAUGUUGAUUUUGACAAUUGGCUAUUGGCAGGACAUAAAAAAUUAUGCUUUUCUUCAAAGGCUGGAGAAACGAAUGAAUUUCCUAUUACACUUGUACCCUUGAAAACCGGGCACCUUCUUGUUCCUCUUUUAAGAGUUACUAUCCUUGAUUCACAUACAUUUUCUGAAACUAUUUAUUUAAACAAUGCUGAACAAGUUCUUGUUCGACCUCGUACGCAAUCUGCGACUUUCUUUAUUGAACAACAACAUCGAAUUCACUCGAUUCAUUCAGGGGCAGGAUUCGGUGGUCCUGGACAUCAUCAUCAUAAUGAAGGGAUGGAGAAUGUUGAAUUAUAA